ACCAUAGCAACACUUAGCAAACAUUUCAAGACUGACCUCAAGUCAGUCCCUUUUGGCUUACUAAUGAGAAUAUUUUAGAAUAUAAUUAUUUGACUCUUGUCCAAAUUAACCUUUCUGUAUGAAAAAGACGUACAAAAUAUGGAAAAAAUGAUAAAAAGCCUCAAGGAGACGAAAAAGUCCUCUAUGGAAGACAAUGAUGAAGCGGUCUCUGAACAGAGGGAUAACAAUUCAAGGAAAGAGUUGACUGCAUCCCAAAAGUUAAUUAAACUGAAGAGAGAUUUAAAUACAAUGGUAACCAAUAUUCAAGCUGCUGCUGAGGCUAGAGAAGUGCAGUGGAGGACUGAUAUUGAUAAAGCCUACAAAAUAAGACUAGAACUUCUUGAAGAUCAUAAUUUAUCCAGCAAGGGUAAAAUUGAGGAGAUUUCCAAAGGUUGGGACAUAACAAAAGAGAGAAUGAUCCCCCAAGAGGUGCAUGCAGCACUCAUCUACCAACAGCAGCAGUGUGACGAGCUCAUAAAAGACAAGAAAAAAAUAAUGGAUGUCAUUCAGCAGGACCUAAAGGCCAGAGAUGAUAGCUUUGUGGCUGAUCUAAAGAAGCAAACAGAGGAACUUCAACUAAUGCUAGAACGAAUGGAGGAACAAGACAAAACUUUGACAAAAGCAUAUCGAGAGGAGCUGGAACAAUGGAAGAAAAAUGUUAAGAAAGAUGAAGAAACUAAAAAAACUGAAGAAAAGACAGCAUGGGAGAAGUGUAUGACAAAUCUUUUGCAUACAGAGGUAGAUAAGCUUUUGAAGAGGCAGCAGGCUGUGGAGGAGUAUGAAACCCAAAUUCACCAUCUAAUGUUUGAAGCUUCUGAUAACUUUAACAUGAUCAGAAACAGGGAAUUUGCUGAUUUCCAGACACUGGAACUGGAAAUACACCAGGUUGAAUCAGAAAGAAUCUUUAUAGAGCAGAAAAUUGAGAAUCAAAAAGCAGAUGGCACUAAACUCAAGGCAGAGGACACUCAAAUGAAAGUCAAACUGUCUAGUUUAAAGUCUGAGCUUGCAAAACUACGGGUGGAGAAACAAACUGUCAAAGGAAGAAAAGAAAAACAACUUAUGGAAAAACAGUUGAAGGAGUUAAACCGUAAAUCUCAGGACUAUGAACGCAUUCAGAAGAAGAUCAUCCAAUUGGCUAUUGUUGAUGCCAUUAAAUUUGAGAAUAUGUGGCUCACAGUUGAUGCUGAGGUGAAGGAGCUGCUAGAGAGGGCUUUGUAUGUCGAUUCCAUGAUCUACGAAAAUGUCUUGCAUAUACCCUGGGAGCAACCCAAUUUGAGCUUUGCAGAGCCAGGGAGGAGAUGGGAGGGCAGAUACGCAGUUUCCCAGACCUCGCAGUGCCAUCAGGUGAAUGGAAUAUUAGAAGGCGUUUACAAUGACAGCGAAUCCGAGGCAGAGGUGGGGAGUAUAUCGGAAGAGAGGAGCAGUGUGUUGGCACCCACAGCUGUGAAGAAACUCAUGGAAAUAUUAUGUGAUGAGACGGGUUUCUUGUUUGAGGUUAAAAUUGUGAAACUGCUCAAUACCUUAGAUGAAAAUGAGCAGACUCUCAUCAAAAUGGGCUAUCUAUUUAAUACUCUUGGCAUUAAGGAAGAGGAUGUGCCAAAGUUGGCGGAUUUCUUGUUUAAGUAUGCCCAGCAGUGCCCCAAAGAGAUUGAGGAUGUUGAGUCUGCAGAGCUCAGUUUCUCCACAGAUGAAGCACAGACCUUUUCUAUAGCUCCAGUGACUCCAGACCCCAUAGAUCGAAAUGACGUUAUGCAAGCUCUGAAAUGUUUCCUUGAUCAUUACACACUGGGAAGUGGCACCAAAAACACUGACAAAUGGAGUGUCCAGAGUCUGGAGGCCCGGGACAUGUCUAAAGAGGAGGCCUACUGGGAGAGCCUGGGCAAUGCCAUCACAGCAGACAAACUGAAGAUCUGGGAAGUGACAGAGAAGAAGCUCCAGCAGCACUACACUGUCCUAUCUGAGAUCUCCAAGUUCAGCCAAGAGAUCCAGAGUCUGCAGCAGGAGAACACAGAGCUGCACAUGGUGUGCAUGCUUCUGCAGCAGGUGUGUUUGGACCAGCCACUCUUUCGCAGCCCACAUGUAACCCAACUCGACAUGGAAUAAAGCAGUGUGUACCAGGUGUGUGAUCAGAACAGUCUGAUCUGAACUUCCUAACACAACAUUGAAUCCAGUAACUUUUUGAUACAACCCAUGAGGUACAAACAUCUCCGUCAAUUUGAAUGGGGUGAAAGCUGUUGAGUUUGCUGUGCCUGUAAUUUGAACUUGAACAGACCUUUGUCGGCAUUUUGGCAUUGAUGUGAGGCACUAAGAGCUUCUUUGAGAACUGUGCAGGAUGCCAUUACAUGACUGUGCAAGAGUUUGGUCUGGUUAGUUUUUUGAGUCAUAUCAACAUCUCCAUCUUUGGUGCGUGCUAAGCAGAAAACCCACAUACUUUAGUGAAGACACUUGAAACUUCAUUUUAUUUAAAAAAUAAAAAAACUGCCUGCUUAUUUACAUCAGCAGAAUAAACAAUUAGGCACAAGCUUACAUGUUUAUUCAGGGGUUUAAACAAAUUUUCAACCAACAAAAAAUGUAUAUACAUACAGUCAAUAGAUAGUAUAUGCCCAUGUAAAUGUACAUGCUGUGCUGUGUGAUUAUUGAUGAAAUUUUGUUCAAACUACAGAUUUAAUGAUCUUGUAUGAAAUUAUGUGAUCUUCUGAUAAGAUCUGUUUAUGACACAUGGACAUACAAUAGGCAUGGACCUUGUAAGAUUGAUUAAAUUCUUAAAUACUGGCUUUU